AUGGACGCCGCCGGGUCUUCACCGCUGCACAUUGUCAUCUUCCCGUGGCUCGCCAUGGGCCACCUGCUCCCCUGCCUCCAGCUCGCCGAGCGGCUGGCCGCACGGGGCCACCGCGUGUCCUUCGUCUCCACCCCGCGCAACCUUGCCCGCCUCCCGCCGGUCCGUCCCGCGCUGGCGCCGCUCGUCGACCUCGUCGCGCUUCCGCUUCCGCAGGUCGCCGGCCUCCCGGACGGCGCCGAGUCCACCGGCGACGUCCCGUCCGACAAGUUCGACCUCCACAGGGAGGCGUUCGACGGACUCGCCGCGCCGUUCUCCGCGUUCCUCGACGCCGCGUGUGCCGACGGCGGCAGGAAGCCCGACUGGGUCGUGGUCGACUACUCGCACCACUGGGUCGCCGCUGCCGCCCAGGACCGCCAGGUGCCGUGCGUCAUGUUUCUCCCGUGCGCCGCGGCCGUCGCGGCUAUGGCCGGCGCGCCCCCGGAGUCCCGCGCGGAAGAACGGCAGGCGAUCGCCAAGUCCAUGGGCGCGGCGCCGAGGUUCGAGGCGGAGCUGGCCGCCGCGGAGUUCGCGGCGGAAGACGACGCCUCAGGCUCAGUUCCGUCCAUCUCCAUCAUGAGCCGCUACUUCAUGACGCUAAAGAUGUCCAGGCUCUUCGCCGUGCGGAGCUGCUUCGAGCUGGAGCCCGACGCGAUCCCGCUCCUGGCUGGGCUGUACGGCAAACCGAUCGUCCCGCUCGGCCUGCUGCUUCCAACAACGAAGCCCGACGGAGAUUACCACCGAGAAACUGGCAAGAAUGCGGAGGACGACGCGAUCAUCCGGUGGCUCGACGCGCAGCCGGCCAAGUCGGUCGUCUACGUCGCCUUGGGAAGCGAGGCGCCGAUGCGCGCCGAGCUGCUCCGCGAGCUGGCUCACGGGCUAGAGCUCGCCGGGAAGCGUUUCCUCUGGGCCCUGAGGCGGCCCGUCGGCUUCGACGGCGGAGGCAGCCUCCUACCAGACGGCUUCCGGGAGCGCACCGGCGAGCGCGGACUCGUGGUGCCACGGUGGGUUCCUCAGAUGAGCAUACUGGCGCACGGCGCCGUGGGCGCGUUCUUGACGCACUGCGGGUGGGGUUCGGUCCUGGAGGGGCUCCAGUUCGGGCACCCUCUCAUCAUGCUGCCCAUCGCCGGUGACCAAGGCCCGAACGCGCGGCUCAUGGAGGAGAGGAAGGUCGGGGUGCUAGUACCGAGAAACGAUAAGGAUGGGUCCUUUUCCCGGCACGAUGUUGCCGGAGCUGUUCGGGCCGUCGUUGAUAGUAGGGUGUUCGCCGCCACUGCUAAGAAGUUGCAAGAGAUCGUGGCCAACAGGCAGUGCCACGAGAGGUACAUCGAUGGGUUUAUUCAGUACUUAAGAACUUCUAAGUAG